AUGAAUGAUCUCAAAACUUCUAAAAAAUACCCCAAACGAAAAAUGUUCUAUUCUGGCUUUGAUUUAAUUGAGUAUUAUGUUAAUUCUCUUUUUCUGAAACAGAAGAUCAGUGCUGUUUAUGCUCGUAGGAGUGGAGUAUUUCCCAAAUUGCUAGGGAAUAAGGAAAAUCCAUUGAAAUGCGAAAUAUGUAAAAAGCUUGUUCUUGAAAAAAUGCAAUACGAUGAACGACGCUUUGGUUUACUGGAAAACUGUCCUCAUGUGUUUUGUCUAACAUGCAUUAGGAAACAUCGAGCGGGCCUGCAAAAUACAAUUAUUUCAAAAAAGGAUGGAAACAACAGCAAAGAACACUCACCAAUCCCAACUGCUUGUCCUGUAUGCAAAGUGGAAUCCCUCUAUAUCAUGUCAAGUAACAUCUGGUUUGAUGAUCCUAAUAAAAAGACUCGUUAUUUAAAUCUCUUCAAAGAAGAAACGAAGGAUAUUUCAUGCCCUUGGUUUAAGCAUGGUCAAGGUCAAUGUUUGUACUCAAAGUGUGCUGGUCAUGUUUUGUCUGAACAGCGAAAAGAGAAAAUCCCUGAGAAGGCGGAUGGUUGAGCUGUGCAGAAAGCUAUAAUAUAUGUACGCAUCCUAUCUUGAUAUUCAACAAAAAUGCGAAUAGAAGGUCAACGUUUUUUACCUUAAACAGCAAACGGGAAUUAUCAUUCUCAAUUAUCAUUUGCAUAAA